ACAUGUGCAUGAUGUGUAUCUUAUUUGCUGGAUGGCCCAGGAAACUGGAGUGGUCCUCUCAGCCAGCCUCAGAGGAAAGAAAUCUCUAGCUGGCACAGGCAGCCGAGUGAGGCUGGCGGCUGCAGGGACAUAGCCUUUAGAAUGAGUCCUUGAGUGCACAGCUCCCAGGGAUAUAUGGGGUAGCGGGAAGAAGGAGGGGACACUGCACAGAUGCCACUGUUGGCUGGGCUACACCUUGCCUCAUUUGUUACUGCUUAGGAGGCUUUCUGGAGUGUUCCUCGGGUGCUAAGACUGCUGGUCCUCGUUUGCUCCCCAGUCAUGUCAACAGCUGAGGACUGCUCACACUGCAACAAAAGGCUCUGCAAUUGCUAUCUAGCUAGCCCUAGCUGUCUCUAGAGUUCUGCCUGAACUGAAACUCAAGUGGGGUUCAGCUCAUGACUUGCGGCAAUUGACGAGGAGAUCCACCAGUUCCUGUGGCUGGAAGGAUUUUCAGUCCUGUGGGUUGUAACCAGAGGCCACAGGAGGAUUCUGCCUUAGGCUCAUGAGAUUUCCAACUUGCUGUUCAAGAAAAUGCCUUGUGAAGUGACAACAGUAGCUAUGACCCAACUGCCAGGAGCCUUGCUAGUUCCUAUACGUCCCACUGGAUCCUCACAGCCCUGGGAAGCAGGUGCUACUACUCUUAUCCCCAGGAGGAGACAGGCCGAGAGAGGUUAAGUGACGUGCCCAAGUCACACAGCUUGGCAGCGGCCGGGUCGAGACACCAGCGUCAGCAGUCUGUUUGCAGACCCCUCACUGUCACCCCCUGAGCCAGUGCGUCUUGGGCCCUGGGGUCAGGAUGUCUCAAGCGUGGAGGCAUCACCGGUUUGUGGCAGUCUCUGGAAGGUCCCUGAGCUCUGUGCCCAGAAUUGAGUCGGGGGAGUCUGUAGAGAGGUGGCCCUGUGUGUGGGGACAGUGUGACACACUGCUUUGGAGGGACGCCUCUCCCGUGACCUCCUAGCAUCACAUCCCAAAGGAACAACUGUUGCAGAGAUGGACCUCUGGGCACAAACCCACGUGCGUUUCUCUGGAGACACUGGCCAAGGAAAACAAGACAUGCUCGAAGGCCAACAGCUGCAUGCCCCACCACGAUGUGACCGCAGAGACCCGGGGUGUAGAAGAGUGUCUCUGCUUGGUGGGGGGACAUAGGACCAAGGAGAGGCGGGAAGAAGGCAGCCUCCGACUCGCCACUGGACUGCAUGGUGACGCUGGUGGGGCAGUCAGCUAAGCCAUUUGCGUAAGUGGCCUUCAACAUCUGCGUGCUGGGGACCGACAGUGGGGGUGUGUUAGGUGGAUCUGUAUGGAGCACAUUGCUGCCACUGGCUAGGACAGGGUGGAAAGGGUGGCGUGGCUACAGCCUGACCCGUGGGCACCAUCCUACCCUUUAUUCUGUGCUUCAAAGUAUCAGUCGUGCUGGUGUUUGUGGGCCCAUGACUCAGACGGUGAGCUCUGACUUUCCUGAGCCAGGGCUUUGCUGUGGUUCUGCCUGGCUCAGGAACUCUAGGACAAGGGGACCGCUCCAGGUCAGCACCUAAGGUGCGGCAGGGCCCCUCGACACUCCUGUGUACUAGUGUCGUCUUUCCCAUUGAAAUGACUGUGAGGACCAGAAUGUGCACAUGCAGAUGGGCAGCUACUUGUCUGCCUUGGCUCUUUAUUACAUAACUUGCUGGGUUUGUGAAGAUGUCACCCCCCCCAGCAGUCAGAGCCCGUUUGUGAUGUCGUGGGGCUGGUUACAUGACUGCCAAGGGGCGCUGCUGGCCACACUGCACUAGCAAGCCAUCACUGAGUGUGGCUCUCUGUGAAGAAAGAAAUUCGAGAGGACAGGGUCAUGGCUUGGACAGGGUGCCUUUUCCUCCCCAGUUGCACUCAGAGACCUACCUUCACCCAGCAGAUCCUUCCCCUGCCUGGGAUGACCCGGUGUCCACUGGGAGCCCUAACUUCAGGCUGCUGACAGAAGAACUCGCUUUCCAAGCUCUGGCCGAGGAGGCUUCGUUUAGAAGGCCGCGCCCUGAUGGUGACAUCCCGCCCCAGGGAGAAGACAAUCUCCUCUCCCUCCCUUUUCCGCAGAAACUGUGGAGACUGGUCAGCAGCAAUCAGUUUUCGUCCAUCUGGUGGGAUGAAGGAGGGGCUUGUAUAGUGAUCAAUCAAAAACUCUUCGAAAAGGAGAUUCUCGAAAGGGACGUCGCACACAAAGUGUUUGCCACGGAUUCAAUAAAGAGCUUCUUCCGCCAGCUAAACUUCUAUGGCUUCCGAAAACGGCGUCAACGCUCUUUCAGGACCCUCACCCACGUUUUCCCCGCACAAAGGCCGGUCUCCAUCUUGAAUAAGUUAGAGUUCUACUGCCAUCCCUACUUUCAAAGAGACUCCCCUCACCUCCUCGUGAGGAUGAAGAGAAGAGUAGGCGUCAAGUCUGCACCAGGACAUCAGGAGGAGGACAAGCCAGAAGCUGCUGGAUCCUGUCUGGCACCAGCAGACACUGAGCAACAAGAUCACACAUCUCCGAAUGAGAAUGAUCAGGUCACACCGCAACACCAGGAACCGGUGGGUCCCAACACCCAAAUCAGAAGUGUCUCUGCUCUACCAGCAAUUCCUGUGAUGGUGCCCGAUCCCGCCAUGGCAAGUGACAACACUCCAGUGACCCAGCCGGCCGGCGAGUGGUCAGAGGGCAGCCAGGCUCACGUCACCCCGGUGGCCGCUGUCCCUGGGCCUGCAGCGCAGCCCUUCUUCUCUGUCCCCAGAUCUCCCACCCAGAUGAAUUCUUACGGGCCUGUGGUGGCCCUUCCCACAGCGUCCCCCAGUACCCUUGCCAUGGAGACCACAAGACUUCCUGCGCCUGGCAUGCUGCCCUUUUGCCAUCUCUGGGUGCCGGUGACCCUAGUGGCUGCUGGGGCUGCGCAGCCUGUUGCCUCCGUGGCCAUGUUCCCCCAUGCCCUAGCUCUGCACCACCAUUGCCCCCACAGCCACCGCACAUCACAGUACAUGCCAGCUAGCGAUGGCCCCCAGGCAUACCCAGACUACGCAGACCAGUGCACAUAGAGGCGAGCAUUUGGGCAGAAUAUGUGCUGGUCAAUAAAUGUGUCACAAAAUGAGUAAUUCUCUCACUGCACAAAA